AUGGAUGAAGCUAGAAAACCAAGUCAGUUGAGUCUUGACGGCAAUAUUAGUGCGAACUGGAAAAAAAUCAAACAAAGCUACCAAAUUUACAUGAAAGCUACCGAAAAAAAUCUGAAGUCUGAAGAAAUUAAAACAAAUAUAUUUCUUAGCAUAGCUGGAGAAGAAGCUAUUGAAUUAUUUAAUACUCUAGAUAUUAAAGAAGAAGAUAGAGUAAAAGAAACAAAUGUUAUGGAAGCCUUUGAAGCUUAUUGUAAUCCAAAGAAAAAUAUUGUCUAUGAAAGGUUUAAAUUUUAUAAAAGACAACAAUUAGAUGGAUUAGGGUUCUGCAAGUUAUCAGCACUAGAUUCUUUAUGGUUUAAACUAGACCCUGGAUAG